UUCCGGGAAUCCCUGCGCGCGCUGGGGGACGGAGCGUGUUAACACGCGGCUUUGAGAGUGUGCUCUAGAGUGUGUGCUGCUGCUUCGGAGUUUGAGCUUCUGGUGCGGCCGUCUGCGCGAUGCCCAAGGCCAAGGGAAAGACUAGGAGGCAGAAGUUCGGUUACAAUGUCAACCGAAAGCGUUUGAACCGGAAUGCUCGUCGGAAGGCAGCGCCACGGAUCGAGUGCUCCCACAUCCGACAUGCCUGGGACCACACCAAAUCCGUGCGGCAGAACCUGGCGGAGAUGGGGUUGGCCAUGGACCCCAACAAGGCGGUUCCCCUCCGUAAGAGGAAGGUAAAGGCCAUGGAGGUAGACAUGGAGGAGAGACCCAAGGAUCUUGUGCGGAAGCCCUAUGUGGUAAAUGAACUGGAGGCAGAAGCCAGCCUCCCAGAGAAGAAAGGAAAUACCUUGUCUCGGGACCUCAUUGAAUAUGUUCAUUAUAUGGUGGAAAAUCAUGGGGAAGACUAUAAGGCUAUGGCCCGGGAUGAGAAGAAUUAUUAUCAAGAUACCCCAAAACAGAUUCGGAAUAAGGUCAAUGUCUAUAAGCGCUUUUACCCAACAGAGUGGCAAGCCUUCAUCGAUUCUUUGCAGAAAAAGAAGAUGGAGGUUGACUGAGUGGUGUAUACCCCCCAGACUUAGGUCUACUGGACCAAAGAAACCAAAACCAGGUUUUAAGGCGAGGAGUGUAUAGUUUCAGAUGAUGCUGGCAAAGUCCUAUAGAAUCAGGUUUUACUCCUCUCUCUCUCUCUCUCAGAAACUUUUUUUUUUUUUUUUUUUUUGAGAGAGAAUCAAUCUAAUAGCCCUAGAUGUCCUGGAACUUGGCUUUGUAGACCAGGCUGGCCUCAAACCCACAAAGAGCCACCUGCUUCUGUUCCGAGUGCUGGGAUUAAAGGGGAAGGUGUGUGCUCCCACACCUGGCUGGAGAAGGAACUCUUUAGAAGCCAUGGUUUAUGCUUUCUUGGGGGGGCUCACAGAAAAGCCAGGGCUUGCUGUUCAGUGUCCAGAGGUGAUGCUUUAUUUUAAUGUGAUCUGUACAUGAUAAAAGCAUUUUACCUGUGUAAUGGGGUUUUGGUGGUUGUUUCUCUGUGUAGCCCUGGCUGGAAUUAAAGGCAUGUCCUACUA